UCCUCUCGUCGUCCCGAACCCGACUCGAACACAAAACGUUUGUCGUUUCAUUAUCGUCCGUCCCGUCGUGUUUUCGUGAUCCGUCUACGCAAUAACAAUAAUAUCGUACUCUGCGCCGCUGCAGUGACGCGUCUGCCAUCCGACCUUUGUGCGACUGUUGUCGUGAGACUCGCUAUAAAUCGUCAUUGUUAUUGUACUUGUUACUGUGUGUCCUCUGACGUCGCACGUUGUCCGAUCCGCACGAUAUAACAUUCGGUGUAUCGUCACCACUAUUUUCGUGUUAUACGAUCUCAUAAACGUGAUAUUGUCGUCGAAAAGAACCCUGACGAUGACCGCUGCAGCGGGUGGUGUGCGCCUUUGCGGGCCGCUGGCCUUUUUCGGCCUCGUCGCUCUGCUGUCCUCCGGUGCUUUGGCCGAUGUUGAAACUAUCAUCGUCCGGGGACAUGUCCAAAUGCUCGGCUCGCAAGAAUGCACUUACGGUCCGGCGUUUUGGUGCAAAAACAUUACCAAUGCUGCUGGUUGUAAUGCUGUCCAACAUUGCAUUCAAACAACUUGGGUUACACAGACAUAUCCAGAAGAUAAUGAUGAUAUUUGUACUAUUUGUAAAAAUAUGGUGAAAGAGGCUCGUGACACACUCACCAGUAAUGUUACAUUGGAAGAAUUGAAAGAAGUCUUCGAUGGAUCUUGUGAUUUAUUGCCUUUGAAAAUAAUUAAAAAAGAGUGUAAGAAAUUAUCGGAUGAUUUUAUACCCGAACUUGUUGAUACUUUGGCUUCACAAAUGGACCCCAAUGUUGUUUGCACCGUUUCUGGUUUGUGUAAUAAUGAACGCAUUGAUAAGUUUUUAUUGGAAAAUAAAAAAAAAGAGCAAUCAGCAGUCGGUAGUGAACACCAUCCAUGUGAAAAAUGUGUUAUUGCUAUGAACAAAGGGGAAGAUUUAGUACAGAGUAUGUCUAGAGAUGAUGUUUUAAAUAGAUUCUUGAUGAUGUGUGGAGAACUGAGCAGCUAUUCUGAUGCAUGCAGUAGUAUUGUAUUAACAUAUCACAAUGAAAUAUACAAUGCCGUUAAAAAUGGUUUUAAUAAACGUAAUGUGUGUAUGUUGAGUGGUAUGUGUUCAGAAGCAUUCCAUCCUCAUGCUGAUGGUUAUGAGAAAUCAAUUAACGCUUUGAUGGGUGUUGAAAUAAGUAAUGCUGGUGAGCGAGGUAGGAUUCAAAUCCAAAAAUCUAAUGAAGUCAGUGAUGAAUUGACAUGUGAAUUUUGUGAAACCUUGGUCAAACAUUUGAGAGAUAUUUUGGUUGCUAAUACAACUGAAGAACAAUUUUCCGACGUACUAAAAGGUCUUUGCAAACAAACUAAAAGUUUCUCAACUGAGUGUUUGGCAAUAGUUGAUGAAAAUUAUACACGUAUCUAUAAGUUCCUUGUAAACGAAUUGAAUGGAAAAGUUCUUUGUACAAUAGUUGGUAUUUGUCCCAAAUCUCUUAAUUCUCGUUAUGAUCUCAACUAUAUUAUACCAUUGUACCCGCUUGUUCCAAUUGAACUUUUACAAACCCAGGAAGCCUCUAAAAUUGAAGAAGAUAGUUCAUUUACUGCUAAAAAAGAACAAAAUCAAAAUGAACAUAAGCCUACCCUUGUUGUGGUUGAUGAACAACCUCCUAAAGUUCAAAAUAUUAAUGUCAUUAAGAAAUCUCCAGUUAUUGAUGUAUUCUAUAAGGAAAUGCAUUUUGUUGUCAACGAUGUCAGUAUGCCCACGGAUAAAACUACAUGUUUCUUGUGCCAAUCAAUUUUAAAUUAUGUGCAACAAGUAGUAACUGAUCCAAAGUCUGAAGCAGAAAUCCGUACAGCAUUGGAGAAAUCCUGCUUGGUCGUGCCAUCAUCAUUUGAACAACAAUGUAAACAGUUUGUCGACCAAUAUGGUGAUGCUUUUAUUUCACUUGUAGCUCAAGAAGUUGAUCCCUCAAUUAUCUGUCCAGAAUUGAAAUUAUGCCCAGUUACAGACUUGUCAUUAACUUCCAACAAAGAUAGUGAAAGUUCUAAUAAUUGUCCAAUGUGUGUUAUUUUUAUGUCAGCUUUAGAAUCUGAAAUCUCUAAUAAAGACACAGAAGAAGUGAUAAAAAAAAAAUUGGAAAAGUUAUGUACCAAACUACCAUCAAAAUGGAAAGGAGAAUGCACAGUUUUUGUUUCAACUCAGUUACAAAGUAUACUUGACAUGUUAGUUGCUCAAGUUAAGCCUGAAGAAAUUUGUGUUUUAUUGGACAUUUGCAAGCCAAAGACCAUAUCUGAAAGUGCUGAAAAUGAUUUAGAAGCUAAUAUGAUUGCUACAGCUGGACAAGUUACUAUAGUAUUUCCAGGAUACAAUAUGGGACAAUUAUUGGCUAAUAAUUACAAAAUGUUGGAAGAGCCAAAAGUUCCAACUCCAUUUUGUUUAGUAUGCACUGUUGUAAUGAAAUAUUUGCACGGUGUCAUCAAAGACAAAUCGAAUCAAGAAGAAAUAGAACAUGCUUUAGAAUCAGUAUGUAGCAUAUUACCCAAUGUUGAAGAAAAUGAAUGUCAAUCAUUUAUUGACUCAAACUAUAAUAAAAUCAUCAACUUUAUUCAAAUUGGAACUGAUCCGGGUAUUGCGUGUAUGGCAUUAAUGGUUUGCGAUGAUGGCAAAACUAUAGGUAAACAAACUAUUGACCUGCCAAAAGAAAAAGUACGUUUAACUACAACAGAACCUGCUGAAUUGGAUAGUUCUGAUGGUUGUGCUGCCUGUGAAGCAUUUAUCACUGUAUUUGAAGAUCGUUUAACUAAUGAUUCAGUAAACGUUGAUGAUUUAGAUUUGAUUGAGCUGUGCGAUGAAGUUGAAGUUGCACAUAAGGAUCAGGUCAACGACUUCCUGAAUCUCAUUAAGUACAGUUGUAAGACCAAAUUUGCUGACAAUAACAAUGAUUGGCUUAUUAGGACUUUAAUUGAAAGCUUGCGAACCACAUGCACCAAACAGUGUCUGGAUAAAAAGUAUGGAAAAUUUCAUCCCAAGUGCACUAUUUGCAAAGACGUGAUCCACGACAUCAAACAUAAAAUCGAAACUUCUCCGCUGGAAAAAGAUAUUCAGUACCGAUUAGAAUCAUUAUGUGAUGCUCUACCAAACAAGGACCAGUGUGUAAACUUGGUGGAUAAGUACACCGAAAAACUUCUGAACACUUUUAUAGAUGACAUUAAAGAGCAAAGUGUAUGUGCUGAAAUUGGUUAUUGCUAAUAAUAUCAAGAUAUCGGAAAUCAAAUUAUAACAAACUCUACUGAUACUUAACAUUAAGGACUGAUAUUUACUCAA